GUCUCUUUCAUCGGGAAACAGACUUCCUUUUAGCCUUUUUCCUUACGUUCUUGCUAUCUCCUAGAGUGGAAAUCAGAGAGACCCGUGGACUUUUCCAGCCGGGAUUGCAGGAGGCCGGGAGACUGAAUCUGUUGUUAAAUUCCCCUUUGGAAGCUUAGUCUCAUUGGUGUCCUGCUCAGCGCAAUGGAACCUGCCUUUGGGGAAGUGAACCAGCUCGGAGGGGUUUUUGUGAAUGGCAGACCCUUGCCCAAUGCCAUCCGGCUCCGGAUUGUGGAAUUGGCCCAACUGGGCAUCAGACCCUGUGACAUCAGCCGACAACUGCGGGUUUCCCAUGGCUGUGUGAGCAAAAUCCUGGCGCGCUACAAUGAGACUGGCUCCAUCCUACCAGGGGCGAUCGGAGGCAGCAAGCCUCGGGUAACCACCCCCACGGUGGUGAAACAUAUCCGGACCUACAAACAAAGAGAUCCGGGCAUCUUUGCCUGGGAGAUCCGAGACCGACUGCUGGCGGAUGGCGUGUGUGACAAGUACAAUGUGCCUUCGGUCAGCUCCAUCAGCCGGAUCCUCCGGAACAAAAUUGGAAAUCUCUCUCAGCAGGGUCACUACGAAUCUUACAAACAGCAUCAACCCCCUCCACAGCCUGCUCUGCCUUACAACCACAUAUACUCCUAUCCCAGCCCCAUCACUGCUGCGGGAGCCAAAGUGCCAACCCCGCCGGGAGUGCCAGCAAUCCCCAGCACCAUGGCUAUGCCUAGGACCUGGCCCUCUUCCCAUUCGGUCACGGAUAUCCUGGGGAUCAGGUCCAUAACAGAUCAAGUGAGUGACAGCUCGCCCUAUCACAGCCCCAAAGUGGAAGAAUGGAGCAGCUUGAGCAGAAAUAGCUUCCCCCCUUCAGCCCAGCAUGCUGUGAAUGGACUCGAGAAGAGCUCCCUGGAGCAGGAGGCCAAGUACAGCCAGGCACCAAAUGGUCUUCCAACUGUCAGUGGUUUUGUCUCAGCACCAACUAUGGCGCCUUACCCUACACCAGCCCAGGUGUCACCUUACAUGACAUACAGUGCUGCCCCUUCUGGUUAUGUGACAGGCCAUGGUUGGCAGCAUGCUGGAGGCACUCCGCUCUCCCCUCACAACUGUGAUAUUCCUGCGUCGCUGGCAUUCAAGGGCAUGCAGACAGCCCGAGAAGGUAGUCACUCCGUCACAGCCUCUGUUCUCUGAUAUGAAAUUCAUUCUAGAACAACUCAACCUUUUUCCUCCCCUCCCUGGCUCAGAGACUGAUCUUUUGUGUUGGUGACAUUUACAGAUUUCUCCCCCUGACCUUUCUCCCACAAAAUUUUUGGAUUGAACUAGCCAAAACAACUUAAGAAACUGAUCCAUGGGUU